AUGGGACCUAGAUAUCUAGGUCUGUGGGUGAGUGUGGCUAGGAAUGUCGAUGCCGGCGUGGCAUCGCGUUAUCAGCGCGAGCGGCGCGCCGCGCGACAACAACAGGACUUGAGAGCCGAUCUCAAUAAUAACAAGAAAAGAAAACGGUCCAGUUUCAGCGAGGCUUCCGGAUGGCUCGGACGGGGCGCGGCUGGCUCGCUCGCACACCCCUACUACGGUAACUCUCUCACUCUAACGGUACUAGCGUUCACAGAUAGCCGAUAG